AUGGCUACCCCCAACAUCCCUCGUGACGAGACCAACAAGACUCUCGUCACCGCAGACGACCAGCACCUCCAUCAUGCCAAGGACCUCCUUGUCACGCCCUCCAAGGCGUCUACUGGAGUGAGCUCCGGCACCGUCAGCGCUGAGGAGCCCUCCACGCCGGUGGAAUCCUCCGCUGACCACCACCUCCCCACGCGCAUGGCCAAGUUCAUGGCCACCGAGGGCCCCGAUGGGCAGCCGCCCUGGGGAGUCAAGAACUUUGCCGCGAUGACUGAGGGCCCCGACGGCCAACCGCCCUGGGGCACCAAAGGUUUUGCCGUCGGCGCGCCGAUGGGCGACGGCAGCUCUGGAUGGCCUCAAGGUGACGGCCCGAAGAAGGAGGGCACCGUCUCGGCUCUCGGUGGCGGCAGCUCUGGCUGGCCUCAAGGUGACGGUCCGAAGCAGGAGGGCACCGUCUCGGCUCUCGGUGACGGCAGCUCUGGCUGGCCUCAAGGUGACGGUCCGAAGAAGGAGGGCACUUUCUCAGCGGCGGCCGGUGACGGCAGCUCUGGCUGGCCUCAAGGUGACGGCCCGAAGAAGAGCGGCACCGUCUCGGCUCUCGGUGACGGCAGCUCUGGAUGGCCGCAAGAUGACAGCCCGAAGAACGGCACUGUAUCCGCAGCCGGCGGCGACGGCAAUUCCGGCUGGCCCCAGGACGACAGCCCGAAAGAGAGCGCCGUCCGUAGGGAACGCGCGCCCGGCACUGUCGGCCCCGAAGGACAGCCUCCCUGGGGCGUCAAGAGCCUCGCUGCUGGUGGCGACGCCGGUCCCGACGGCCAACCCCCCUGGGGCGUCAAGAACCUCGCCGCCAAGGCCGCUGCCGGCCCGGACGGCCAGCCGCCCUGGGGCAUCAAGAACCUGGCCGCCGCCGCCAACGGUGAUGCCGCGCCGCGCAAGGACGCUUAG